GCUUCUCCUGCUUCUCCUGCCGGGUUGAGAGCGAGGCCGCCGGGCUGGGGAUGGAGUCCGGCCGGUGAUCAGACUGUGGGGGUCGCUGUGUGAAGACCACCCGGGCCCUGCUGGGCUUUGUUGUCCCUUCGUGGCCGAGCCUCCUCCGGCUUCUCCUCGGUUGUCCAGCCUGUUUCUGCUCCGGAGGAGAACCAUGGAGGACACCAGGCUCUGAGAGCUGCUUAUUGUUCUGCAGAAGAAAGAGUUUCUGAACCAGGACCCAUCGAAGGAGAACAUCUCUUCACCUCCAUUGAUCUGUCACCUCUCAGUCUCCACCUCCCCCCCUCCUCCCUCCAUCAUGGCUCCAGCUCUCCGCUCCUCCUGGUUCCUCUGCCUGCUGCUGCUCCUGCUCCUCCCCGGCGGCCGGAGCUCGUUCCCCCGCAGCGGAGCGAGCAGCGCGGACUGCGGCCCGGGGAAGGCCGCCGACUGUCCAGAUCUGUCAGAAAAGAAGAGCGACCUGCGUGUGUGUGAUGCUGGAACGUGUCGCUUCGGAGGAACCUGCCGCGAGAACGGAGCUGACAUCAAGUGUGUGUGUCAGUUCCACUGUCAUAAGAAGUUCGUCCCUGUGUGUGGGUCAAACGGAGACACGUACCAGAACGAGUGUUUUCUGAGGAGAGCCACCUGCAAGAAGCAGAGAGCCAUCAGCAUCACGUCAGAGGGACCCUGUUACCACGACGCUGGCUCAGGAUCUGGAGACGGAGAUGACGAGGGAUCAGGUCGCGGUAAAAAGGCCUCGAAAUGUGGAAUCUGCAAGUUCGGAGCUGAAUGUGACGAAGACUCUGAGGAUACACUCUGCAUGUGUAACAUAGUGUGUAACGGCCACAACGACAACCCAGUGUGUGGCAGCGACAGCAUCACCUAUGACACGCCUUGCCACGUCCGAGAGGCGUCCUGCCUCAAACAGCUGAAGAUCGACAUCAAACACGUGGGACGUUGCCAAGACAAAAACAGGAAGGACGACGGCAUCAAGACCAAACCCGACAUUUACAGUGUGUCCCAGCCUGGGGAGGGGGAGGGGUUUGUGGACAGCGUGACUCCGUGCUCUGAAGACUACGCCCAGUUCUGUGAACACGGACAAUGUGAGAUGAGACACAACCUGGCGACCUGCAGGUGUGAGGCAGCAUACGGCGGUCCUCAGUGUGAUCAGCUUCUGGACUUUAACAUCCUGUACGUGGUGCCCAGCGGUCAGAAACUACACUACGUCCUCAUCGCCGCCAUCAUCGGGGCGGUUCAGAUCGCAGUCAUCGUUGCUGUGGUCAUGUGCUUCACCAGGAGGUGUAAUAAGACGAAGCGUGGGCGGAGACAGAAGCAGCACCUCGGUCACUUCCCGUCAGGAACGUCCUCCAGGAUGAUGUAGCUUCUCAUGUUUUUGAGAAAUACAGUUUUCGUACCACACAGACAGACUGCAUUUUUGAUAUCUCAACUUUUUGGUGCCUCCUUAUUCCUUAUUUUUCAAAGAUAAUUUCUGACUUUCUUCAGGGGCCUUAUUUUGAAAUGUUCCAUGUUUGAUUUCUUUCGUCUGACUCUAAGUUCUGCAUCAGUCCGAACAGAGACGUACAGUUUGGUUGGUGAUGUGAUGCUCGCCUCCUCUCAAAAUCUGAAUCUCUGUGGAUCCUGCGACAGGAAACAUAAUUUAUCUGAUUGUACCGUCCACUUUCUAACUGACACAUUUUUCCCUUUGUUUUCACCCUGUGGGAUGCAGACUGUCUUUGCUUCUGUGCUUUUUUUUAGAUUCAUUUUUGAAGGUAGAAUAGAUAAUUAUUUCAACCUUGUUUACAUGGUACGUACGUAAGGAUUAUGGAAAAACAGCCAUUGAAUAUUUAGUUCUGACAUAAAUACCACCAUAUUUAUCUGGUUUGAAUUUGCUUCUUUGAAACUUCAGAAACUGUAUUUGUGAUCAAUCUCAAUGUCCUGGAUGUGCAAACUUUAAAUUCACUAAUGAAAUUGU